GGAAACCCCACCUCUAGUGUCCCUCACCUGUGCCACUUAGCACUUGGCAUCUGGUGACUUUCUGCAGCUCCACAGCGGAUGUCAUUGGCCCCAGGCUCCAGAGAAACACCCCCAGGGUUCGCACACAGCAAUGGAUAGGAAGGCGGGAAGAGGAGAGCAGCGCCCGGGAAACGCCCCGACCGCUCUAGCGCAGUGGGCGUGGCCGUAGGCGGGGCUUACGUCAUGACGGUCGCGGCGGGGCCCCGCCUCCCGCAGAGGCGCGAGAUCCGAACGCGCGUCGGCGCCCACGGCGGCUGCCGAGGCGCGCGGUUCGCGGCCGUUAUGAGACGCAGAAGGCCCGAGAAGGAGGAGAAGGAGGCGUGUGGCGUGUGGCUGGACGCGGCGGCGCUGAAGAGGCGGAAGGUGCAGACACAUUUAAUCAAACCAGGCACCAAAAUGCUGACAUUGCUUCCUGGAGAGAGAAUACCUAGUAUUUCUUUUACUCAAAGAAGAGGCACUCGGCAGAUGAGUAUUUCGUCCUUUGUCACUUUGCAGCCAGGAAUGGCAAAUGAUAGUAACCGGAAGAGCAUUUUCUCUCUCAAAGAAAAUCAGAUCAACCAAGAGUGCAAGAGAACCCAGCCAGACUGUUUGGUCCAGGGAUUGGAGGAUGAUGGCUUGGUUUCACCUUUGGCCACUUCAACUCCUGCAGACAUCCAGGAAGCUGGACACUCUCCUCCAUCUUCCCAGAUUUCUAGCCACCACAGUUUAGAAACACCGUCUUUGACUAUGAUGUCUUUGCCCCAACCUGACAUCCUGAUGGGUGCUGGAUCAAGUAAAGCCUCCCUGGCUUCUUCCUCUACCCAGUAUGUGGAAAGUUCUUGUUUACUGGACCAAAGAGAGGCCAGGAGGAAAAGGGAAUGGAUUCAUGGAUCUAAGACAAACUGUCUAGGCAUGGGAAGCCACAUCAGACCAUCUAGGGGUAAAUGCUGUCAGCCCUUGGACAAAGCUGAACUGGGAGAAAAGGGGUCUGCCAAGGAAAACAGGCAGGCCCCCGUGCCUCUGCAAACUUGGAGUAGGAAAAAACCACUAUCAGUGACAAAAAGCCCUUGUCUUUCUGUAUUUUCCUGGGGCAGUGAAAGGAAUGACAGGGACUCCUGGAGUCAGCUUUUCACUGAGGAUUCCCAAGGCCAGCAGGUCAUCGCUCACAACACUAAAAUGCCCUUUCAAGAUGUAACCAAUGUUAGGAAUCAAGGCUCAGAGCAGUUUCCUGAUAGCCCUCAGGCUCAGUGCCAAGAUGGGCCUCCUGGGUUACACCUGCAGCCAAACCUGCUCUUUACCCAGGACUCUGAAGGUAAUCAGGUUAUCAGACACUAGUUCUAAAUGUUUGUGUGGGUGUAUCUUGAAGUGGCAGAGAUGGAGGGAAGUAGGGUGGGGCUGGGUAAAGAGGAUGGUUUAGGUGAGAGGCCAUGUGGGAUGAAGCAACUGUCAUUAUGGAACAUUGUUCUCAUGUAAAUAAAGCAAGCAAUGUGUGGUAGGCA